AUGGUAUCGAGUCUUGCAGCUCAACUGGCCCAGGCGGCAUCUCUCAACUCAGCUCUUCUUGUCGAUCGAUCUCGCCGCAAACCCACAGAGUCCUACCUCUUCGUCGGACGUGAAGCAGACCACCAUGACCUCGAUGCUAUACAUGCCAUUGCAUCGAGUGCCCUCUCUCAGCUAAUACAGCUGAAACCCUCGUUUAGAGACUACGAAGACAUCCUAUUUUCCGACUCUGCUAAAGGCGUCGAUCGAACUUUACUUCCAGGCCUUGCUGGGAAGGAGUUGAGCAAGAAUCUGGGCAACUUCUUGCCUCUCCUUGGCGUGUACUUAACAGAGACUCCUACGAGUAAAGUCUUAGAGUGGCUAGUGAGGCGCUUCAGGAUCAACGAGUUUAACGUGGAAGACACUCUUACACUGUUCCUUCCCUACCAUGAAUCACCCCAUUUUGCCAAAAUGGUCACCCUUCUCCAUAUUAAGCCCAAUUCUACGUGGAGUUUCUUGAACGCAUACCGAUCUGCUGCUCAGAGCGUUCCCCGGCAAUCACUCGUAACGGAAAUGCUGCGAAAUGUUGAUCUAACACGGUUCAUCGCUUCGCUGCUUCCAAGUGCAAUCCAGGGGGGCUAUGUUCAUCGAGCCCUCAUCGCUUUCCACACUGGGGUCUUUAUCGACUACGUUGCUCGCGACAAAACUAUAGACGAUGGUAUUCUGGCAUUCUUACUGCCUUCAUUACUGGCGCCACUGAAAACCACUGCCGAAAAUAAAUCUGACUUCAAGACAGAGUUGAUUCUCGCAAGUUACAUCUUGCUUUCAGCCCUCUCUCAACGAUGCCAUUUGUCACCGGCCGCUCUCAAAACGAUACUCAGUUCAAUGGCUUCAUGCAGCGAGCAAGUGACCAGCCAGCAGUUCAUUCAUGCUACGUUGUCUGUGAUGGCCCCACAGGACGAGCUGAACGUUCUUCCUAAUGUCCUCACAGCAAGAUUACUUGGAUCGCAGGAUCUCACCGAUAUCCUGUCAAAAGCAUUGACCUGGACGGGGUCAGAAAAGCUGGUCACUCCGCUGUUACCUGCACUUAUAAAACGAAUAGACCAGGCGAAUACACUAGCCACUGUAGAGUCUCUCCUCACAUCAUCUCCUGCCAUCCCUCCUCUCCUUAUCCGGAAGAUCACUAUAUUCUCUAUGGCUGAUCUGGUCGCAAGCGACGCAUCUGCUCGUCAUGGGAAUCUCCGCCGUGUUUUGUCCUUAGUCCAGCAGCGGCACCCGUCUAUCUUCCAAGAUGCCUCAAAGUUUUAUAUGAAUGACGAAAGCACCAGGGCCGCUGCCGAGCAGAUCGUUAUUUCUUUAUCUAUUUCUUAUUCUAUUCGCGAUGUUGAUUUGGUUAUUGCCUCUGCCAAUGCAGACCCUCAAGUCCGCGCAGUCAGUGUACGGGACAUGCUCGAUGCGCUGGCAAAUUCUAAGAUUGAAUCGGUAGAAUUGGAGUCCAUCCAUUCCGCUCUCGUUGCUCGGGUCCAUGACACCGCAAUACCUGUCAUCGCAGCCCUUUAUGCCAAUCCCUCUGCAAUUCUUCCCGUCUUGCGUGCCCAUUCUUCGACAUAUAUCCAGACCCUGGUUGAUUCCAUUAAUGAAAAAGGAGCCCACUCUCGCCAGCUCAUUCGCCUCCAUCUCACCUUUCUUGCACAUCACUUUACCAAAGGUGCUUCAAAAGACGUCUUGAAGGAGGUGUUCGAGAGGAUAAUCUUCUCUUUCCUCCUGUUCUCGAAGCCCAGACAAAAAACAGCUCAGAUGGUUUGGGAGAUUCUUGAAACUGCGGAAACGCAUAACGAGAUAGGCAUCGAGAGCUAUGAGAUUAUCAGUGGUUGCGUGGAUGUAUUACGAUGGGAGGAGGGGCAGGUAGGAAAGAAGAAACGCAAGAGAAAGGAUGACGGUGGGUUCGAAAGUCUACAGGUGAUGUCUAAGGUCAAUCUAUCAAUAGCAUCCAGGAUGGCGGAGACGAUUCUGGCCUCAAACGAUCACUCCGCUCAUUUUGCGUUUCUCUUAUCCAAACUACGAGACUCAAGCCCUCAUGCUAGCAAUCUCGCGUAUCUCGUAACACGAGCGUUACUUGGACAUAUGUCUGGCGAACAUCAAGUCGAUGUUGCGAACCUCGUCCUGGAUGCGAUGGGAUUAGAAACGCUUGCGGGUAUGGACGGGUUCAUGAAGAAUGCGGACAAUCUGCAGGAGUUCCUGAGCGAUGUGAGCCUAGGCAUGAACGUUGUUUUGAAACCAAGCAGCAAGAAUACGACUCAUUGGCUGCAAGCUUCUUUACUGGCCGUGAUGCCCAUCAUCUUGCGGCCGACUAAUGGAUCUAUAGAUUGGCUAUCUGACGCGCAUGUCGAGGAUAACGAUACUCGUAGCACGCGCUAUAUUCGCCUCAUGAGAGCAGUAUACCGCUUAGUCAACUCAUCCACCGCGCUUCCUCUCUUGUCUACAGCGUUGCUCCGCGCUCAGUUCAUAAACUUGGCCGAAGACACCCUGGCCUUCUUGGCCGGAAUCUGGCUCAUUCAAAGUCCUAAAUCAGCUGAUAACGAACCUCGUUACCGUCGCGCUGCCCUGUGCCAUGCGGCCGCUUUUCUUGCUGCCCACGAAUCCAUUGAACAAACUGUAGACUUCCAAACGAUAUUACCCGCGCUUUUGCUUGCCUUGCAGGAUCCUGACCAGUCGGUUCGCGAGGCUGCGAACGAAUGCCUGCAGUUGCUUGCGAAAUUGUUCUCAAAGAAGAAGGCCACGGGUGUAUACGGGUUUGAUACGAUCUAUGGCUCACAUUCCAAUCAUCUACAGUACCUCGACUGGUCUGACCUUCAAAAAUAUGUCAAGGCGACGGUUGAGUUGCUUGGGCAUUAUGCUAGCGAUUCAAGCUAUAUCCGCAUCUUUCACCAUCAGCAUUUAAGGCGCAAUCAGGCUGACUCUAAGAAGGACGCAGCUUACAAACAACGCGUCUUGUGCUUCAUACUCUCUCACGUCAACGCUUGUCGUCUGUCAAAUGUCAAGACAUCCCUCCUUCGUAUGCUAGAAGACAUAUCCGAUGAUGUCAAAGCUCAAAAUCUAUUGCCAACAUUGCAACUUUUGGUUGACAACUCUCAGCGCGAAAAACUCGCCGCUCUAUGCGGGGAUCAAUUCGCAGAGUUUUCAACACUCCUAGUUUCGUCGCUGGACUCUUCUUUGAUUCAGGAACUCAAUCAUAGCGAAAGCAACUUGUGGCCAGUGUACCUUGGUAUUGUGUACCAUUAUUCCAACACGGAUUCAACGUCAUCACCGUGGAAAGUCCUUGCCUUCCACUUGGAACAUGGUCUUUUCACCGGCUUGUCUCUUCCACGCAAGUCAGAAAUCUCUCGGCUGCUUCUUGAUGUGGGCAGCCGGGAUACGAACAUUAAUACUAUCAAGGCGACUCUCAUCAAUAUUUUGCAAGGCGUGCCACUACUCAUUCAACUGUUGACGACCCUUCAACCUUCGACCAAGGACAGGACUCAACGUGCAAAUAAGCGACCGAAAGUGACCCAAACUACUACGACAGCUAGCAACGCAGAUUCUUUGGCGACUCUGAGCUAUCUAGUUGAAGUGUUGAGCAACCAGUCCCUCCCUGGUUCCUUGGAUUUGAUAUCUUGUCUUUUGGAUACGUUGAGUAAGGUGUCGCUUUCUGACGGGACUUCCCAGGCGGAUAUCAUCUAUCUGCAACAGCUGCUUAUGGCUGCGAUCGAAAGUUCAGCUAGCCAUAUCAUGGACACUGAUGAAAUCGCCCCUCACGCUAUUCGACUCGAUACCCUUGUCGAGAUCAUUCGUGUCGCAGACAAUCCCCAGACUUUCCAUCAAGCGUUAUUGUUAAUGGCUAGUCUAGCUCGUUUGGCCCCAGAGUCCGUUCUACACAACAUCAUGCCGGUUUUCACUUUCAUGGGUUCGAACGUGUUCCAUCGGGACGACACAUACAGUUUCCGAGUUGUGCAGAAGACAAUCGACAGCAUCGUUCCUGUCAUGGUAGCCUCCCUCAAGCAGAAGCACAGUGAACGCCUUGACCUCCUCAUUGCAUCGAGAGAUUUCUUGCGUAUCUUCACGGAUGCCGCCAAUCAUAUUCCCCGUCAUCGGCGUACUCACUUCUUUACUCACCUCGUAGAUGUCCUUGGACCGGAAGAAUUCCUGGCCCCUGUCUGUAUGUUGAUUAUCGGCAAGGCCGCCAACAGAGUUGCAAGGCAGCAGGGUGACGAUCUCCAUGCUACCUUGACUUUGUCUCUCUCGAUCAUUCACCACUAUUCAAGCGGCGUGCAGAUGACGUCAUUGACUGAGAUUCUGUGGGAGGCACAACGCCUGUUAUCACAUAUUGUCGAUCCAGGAAGCAAACAGCCCAUCAUCCUAGAUACCAUCCAUGAUAACGAGCAAUCCUCUCAAGCACCCUCCGUUUUCAAGCGUCGAACUCAUGCGUUGUCUGUAUUUGUCGGGGUUGCUUUAGAAACAUCGCCGUCAGCUUCCGCGGGUGCCCAGAUAAACAAUGAAACUCUCAAUGAGUUGCUCUCGGCCCUACUGGAUAUCGCGAGAAGCCGCAGCGGUCUCGCGUCUGAUGAAGACACCACUGACAUCAGGAAGGCCGCUCAAACUUCAAUUGCUCAAUGCCUCAAGGUCAUUCCCGCAGUCAAUUUUGUGGAGUCGGUCGUGGCGAUGCUUCAAACCGAAGAAUCAUGGCUUCAAACCUCCGUACUGGAUCUAUUCGGCGACAGACUGUUGUCGAUAGCAGAAAGCGCCAGGCGACAGGUGACACCUACAAUAGUUCUACUUGUCGAGAGGAUCAUCACGCUGCUCGGAAGACCCAUGAACGACGCUGUCGUUCCGGCCUUCGCUUCCCUCCAAGCCAUCAGCACCACGUUGUGCCCGGGAGAAGAAGGGUCCAUGGUGGCGUGUGUCCCGAUUUUGAUAUCUGCUUUGCGAGGUCGAAAACUUGCUGUAUCUGCUAUCACUGUGCUGCCAGUGCUAUGCACCAAGCUGGGACCGAGGAUCAUCCCCUACUUCCGAGAUAUCGUGGACGAAUGUGUCAACAUUCUCCGCGAAGGAAUCAAGGGCAAAUCAGGCAGGUUCUCAUUGUCCGCCCUUCUCAAAAAUGCUCUGGAGGUAUUGAAGUCGUUGUUCAAUGCCAUUCCGACGUUCUGGGGCAACGCUGAGCUUGGCAAAAUCGUGCAUCUGUAUCUUGACUACUGCUCCUUCUCCACCGACACCGACGAUAUCAGUGCUCUCAUCAAGUCUAUCGCGAAGAAAGCGUCUCCCGCUGUCCUUCUGCCCGCGCUCUCUGAGUUAUGGUCGUCACUACAGGGUGCAAAAGUCAAGGACAUGGCAUCUCGCUGCGAAAGCUUUUUGUAUACGUUGAAAAGAGCCCUACAAGCGGCACCUAGAGCAGCGGUCAUGGAACAUCUACGUCCUUUGUUCAAAUUGAUUUUGGAGACCUUCCAACUUCGAGGUCAACUAUCUGUUUCGGAGGUUCCCAAGGUGCGGUUCGUAGUCGAGAAGCAGGCGAUUCUUGCAUUCACAGAGCUUGUCACGAAACUCAACGAGACAUCCUUCAGGCCACUGUUCCGCAGGCUGUUUGACUGGGCAUUCACCGAUUCGGGCAUUGACGGGAAGAUUACGUUCUGCCAUGCCUAUAUGGCACUGUUGGAUCACUUCAAGUCCCUGAUGAUACCUUAUCUCACAUUCCUGCUACAACCCUCGAUCGACCUGUUACAAGGCUUCUCGACGGUGUCUGACGACAAUGUCGAGUUGUGGACAUGCCUGAUUGAGACAGUGACGAAGAGCUUCGUCGUGGACGAGGGCGGAUUUUGGCGCGAAGACAAGCUGCAACAGAUCGUGCCCCCGUUGGUCGCCCAGGUCUCUCGGUGCGUCUCCGCGGGCGGCCAGGGGCCCAAGGACGUCAUGUCCGCCGGUCUCGUGGCGCUCGGAGGCGCCGUGAACGACGACGACUUGCUCAAGAAAAUCAACCUGGACGUCCUCAUGCACACGCGCUCCGAAGACGCCCGCGUCCGGCUCUUUGCCCUGCAGUGCGCUCGCGCGCUGUGGGCCGCGCACGGACACAAGCUCAUAGGUUUCAUGUCGGAGACGGCGACGUUCAUCGCGGAGUGCGCGGAGGACGAGAACGACAGCGUCGUGAAGGCUACGCACAAGCUGAAGGAUGCAGUGGAGAGCGUGACAGGGGAGCGCAUAGAGGCGUAGAUGCACGUAGAUAAGGAUAGACACCCGGUAAAAGAAAUCGUGGUAGAUAAAUAGCGUUUACAUGCGAAUCACAUCGUUCCUAUGCAGCGAUGGAAAUGAGGUAUGUAGGAGUAAAGAAGGCAUGGCGGGAAUAGCAGUGGGGGGCGGACGGACGGACGGGGGGUAGUGAGAGCAGAUUAGUACGGGGUAUAUGCAGCGAGAUAAGCUAUGAGAUAGUCCCUUGAGAAUCAAAGCUGAGCCGUCUGUGCAGCAGC